ACAGUUGUUUGACACUUUGACAGUUUAAGUUCAUCAUACGGGUGGUUUAUCUUUUUUGCUAAUUAUUUUUAAUUUAGUUGUUUACUAAGCAUAAGUGGUUAAACAUUUUAAUUUCUUUGGAUUCACCUGAACUUAUAACUUUACCUACAUAACUAAUCACAACACGGAAGAUAAGAAAGAAGAUACAGAUACUGUGUCUGCUGCAUCGUUUUGAAUGACCACAUAAUUUCUCCUACGCGGACGAUUAAGCAGCUAACUGACCACCACAAUGAAUUACAACGAGGAAGCACCGCAGCAGCAGAGGCCUACAAAAGUAGUGCGGUUUGAUAAGGGCUACAUACAAACUAUGCCCGGAAUACUCAAACUAGUGCAGCUGGCCUGCAACCUUAUAGGUUUUAUAUGCAUCAAAAUAUCAUGGUCAUGGGUGUCCGCAAUAUUCUACAACAUCCUGUACUGGGUUGGAAUCAUCAUCACAGGGCUGCUACUCUUCAUGUACACAUUCCACUUUGUAGAGAAAUUCGACAAGUGGCCGUGGCUCAAGUUUGAGUUUGCGUAUUGUAUCAUUAUGAGUCUGACAUAUAUUGGAUGUUCUAUAUUCGCCUCAACCAUCGGAGAGAGUGUUGGAUACGCUGUUGGGUUCUUCGGUCUAUGUGCAAUCAUUGCAUACAGUUUCGAUGGAUACCUCAAGUACAAGGCGUGGAAGCGAGGACUGCCGCCUCAGUAAAAGAGAUCUUAUGGUCACCAUUACAUACAACGGAACUCGUUACAUUGAUCAAGAUUAUUUUUAAGAUGCUGCAUUUAAGAUGUCGGUAAGCUGGUCUUGACUCCACUUCUAAACGGUCUGAAUGGUUAAAGGUUAGUUCUAUGCCUAAGUUACGUUCCCAGGGCAUGUUAAGUCUUAUUUAGGUACUGAGACUCAACAAGAUUAAGCAAAAAGUAUUGAUUUUUUUUUAUAUAAUAAGUUUACUUAACUAAUAUAGGGUUGGUAAUGUAAUGUGUAUACCAGUCAUUUUAAGUGUUAAGUGUAUCUUACGCUAUAUUUUCUGAUGUUGAAGAUCUUUCAUUUGAUAUUAUACUGUUGAAUAGAAUGGCAGUAGUUUUGUUUAUUAUUCUAAAUUACUAGAUUUGCGUUAGUGUAAUCAUGUUUUAUAAUCAUUAAGAUUUUUUUAACUAAGAUCAAACACAAUUUUAUAAUAAUGUAAAAUAAAGUCAUAUAUUUUUUAUGAAAACUGCUUUAGAUAUGAAUUUAUAAAAUUAUACUUAAUCACAACGCUAUGGAUGUGCCUUGUCAGUGUGCUUAUAUUUAUACGGGGCUGGAAGUCACGACAAUUCGACUUUAUUACGAAACCAUAAGGUUGAAAAUGUAAUAAGAAUUUUUCAGACUUCCCAGCCACUGUUAGAAAUCGCAUGGAUUUAAAACAUAUUAUUUAAGUAAUAGACAAAGUAUACAAUGCAAUGCCUUAUAUGUGUAAAAAGACUGUCAUUAUGGAAUUUUGGAUAAGGAAAGACUUGGAUUUUUAGGGAUUGAUUGUAACGAUGACAUCAUGAUGCUAGUAUGCCCUUGCGCAAGUCGUUACGUACUUACAAAGAUAGUCCAAGCUGAGAAUUUAAUGAACAUAGAUAGGAAUAAACCUCACUAUUAAAUCCUGUAAAAGUUUAUGCACAAAAAAUAUUAUUAUAAGUAAAUAUUUUGGAUAUAAAAUGUAUUUAAUUUUGUACUAACGUAUUUUUGAGAAUAUAUUGUACAAAUCUCUAUAAAGUAAUGCACUUGGAUAUGCCAUGUUUAUUGUUUAGGUUGAAGUAGUUUUUUUACUAAUCAUGUUAACCCACCAGUAUUUUGGAUAUACUUAAGAAAGGGUCCAACUCUGGGCAUUUAACUUUUUAUACAUCAAUGUAAAAUCUCACAGAGAUAUUUUUAUAUUACCUAUCUUAAAAGGUUUGUUUAAAUCAUUCAAACAAGAAAUAAACUAAGUACCUACUUAGUUGGAUACAUGAUACUUUCAGGGUAUAUUUCACAAUGUUCUGAUAAAGUUAAUGUUUGCUUAGCUGACUCAUUUCAUAUGAAGAUCAUCAUCACAUCACAUGCGUUAGUUAGGCUAACAAAAAUUAAUAUGAAAUAUUAUGAAACAGACCCUUAUUAAUCAUAAGCGAAAAUGUUUAAUAUUUUACCUGUACCUAUAAUGCGAUGUUAUUAUAAUGAUAUUAAUACAUAUUUACUCAGUAAAAUAAUGUAUUUACCUGUUGUUUGUAUACCAAGGUUGUAAAAAGGGCUAUUCCCAUUUGUCAUUAGAGGCGUUAGUUUAAACAAAAGCAAAUUAUUGGACGGUAGCCUUCUUAACGCUACAAUAGAUGAAGAUGACUUAAAACUACACUACCGCCCUCUAUUGAGAAGAAAUACGAUAGCCCUUGCAGGUAACUCGGUAAAAUAUGUUGCCUUAUUAAUCUGUUUUUAGUUUUAUUACUUUUUAAGUAUUAUUGUUGUUAAUCUUUUUAUGGAUAUUAUACUUUUAAGUAAUUAUUUGCACGAUUUGUGAACUGUUUAAAAGAACAAGUUAACAUAACAAGUUGAACACAAACGUUAUUGAAAGUUUUCUCUUUCUUACCUUGAAUAGAGAUUGGGUAGAGACAAAAUGAAAAGGAAUUGACGAGGUACAUUUCUUCCAAUUAGUUUUAUUGACCUUGUUUAGUACAACUAUUAACCCUUUGGCUGCUACGAUCAGAUAGCUAACAAAUAACGUAUUUAAUUGGCUAUAAUUGACAGUAGUGGCCACAGGGUUAGAAUUCCUUACCUUUGUCCCUAGUUAUUCAAUUUUUACUGUAUAUUCUAUAAUCUCAGCUGGUGUCGGCUGUUGUUACUCUAUGUUGAUGUCUAUAUGUAACUGUUAACGCAAUAAAACCACUGUGAAUACA